AUGGCUUCAGCGGAUCAGGGAGCGCCUCAUGCGACUGAGAAUGCCGGUGAAAUGCGCAAGAUCGAGGCAGGAAGGCGUGAUUGUGGCGCUGCCGGCAGAACUCGACAGUUUGACCAGCAAGUGCGUGGCCGUGAUCGUGUCCCGUGCAGUUGGCGCAGCUGCCGAGAAGCUCCGUGUCGUCAGGACGGCGAGCCAAGUUGGAUCUGGCAAAGCACUGUGCCGAUGGACGUGCUGUCGCAGCACAGCGCGGUGCUGCUGUGCUUGUGCGAGUCGUACUCCGUACCUUGGUCGCAGACUCCUGCUUCAAGACAAGACAAGACAAGAGGGCAUCGACGUCGCGAGGAAGGGCGCCGCUGGCUGUCCUUGCCUGCUCUUGUGUCGCUGGCUGGACCCGCGGGAGGGUUCGUCUGCGACUCGAGCGUCGCUGUUGAUGCUGAGGCAGACAAGCUGAGUGCGCUCCGACGCUCUGACGUCACGAGCAGGAGAUGGAUGGGCUGUCGUCUCUACAAGAACACGCCGUCGUGCUGGGUGGCUGCUCCAGCGUUCCAGAGCGGAGAUGGCGACAGCGUUCAAGUGUGGCUCAAGAUUGCGCGGUCGACCGGUCUCGUCGGUGACUGCCACCACCUUCUGCGUGUCGUCCAUAGCGACUGUCGAAGGUGGAUGCACUGGCUGUGGAAACGAGUGCUGCAAGAGAAGCUCCGGUUGGGCUCGAGCUGGAUGCAGCCUUGGCGGCAUCUGCUGCAGACCGGGGGGAAACUUCGAGCUGCCGUGUUCGCCCAUGCCUCGCAGACGAUUUUCCUGUUGCAGAAGUUCUGCCGUGUUGACCACGCUGCUGUCACGGCCCCUGAGCUUGACCCCUGUGCGACUCCUAUCGGCGCCUCUAUCGACAGGAAGCCUCAAGUGCGCGAGAUUCUGGAUUUGCUGGAGAAGCGCCUGCUGAAGGUGCCAUUUGAAGAGCAUGGGCCGAUGGGCUAUCGAGGCAUGUGGUACAUUAGCACUCACGUUGAUGACCCCAAGGUCGAGGCUGCAGUCAACAGACUCAAGGGGUACCCAUUUUACUUGGACCUGGUGACAACGUCAACUCCAGCCUUCGAGAAACUCAAGCGAGCUGUUACUGCUGUUCUGGAUGGCGUCGUGUGCUUCGGUGGCAACGUCAACCAUUUUGUUUACGGCGCUCCCAGCCGAGAGGAAGUAGCGCGCGUUCGCAAGCUGGUGCUUCAGGCGGCUGGCCAGGCAGGCGUUGUGUUUUCCGAUCGCACUUCAGAGCCGUGCACCUCCACGGUUCGUGUCGGAGAUUUCGUGAUUUCAGAUGCUGGGAUUGUCCGACACGCUGCUGCUGUGUAA